UUAGAGCAUUCUGUUCAAUUAGAUCUUUGAAAGUAUCCUUACGCUUACAUAUAGGUUGACCAAUAAUUUUUCAAAUAAAUAUAUCUCUGAGCUCACUCCUCCAGAUUCAGAAAUUAAAUUCCGCUCAAGAUAUGAUGAAGAGACUUGAGAUGAUUAUCUCGAUUUUACAAAGAUCAAGUUCAUCAGGGUUGAUCACAUUCCAAAGAAACCAACCAAGGAGUACAAACAACUAAAGAAACUCACUGAAGUUGUCAAAAAGAUAGAUAUGUUUACUCUUAACUCAAAUGAGUUCAAUUAACACAGAACUCGAAUGUGCUCUAUUUCUUCCUCUCUUCCCUAAAGUUACUCAAGCUGUUAAAAUAUUUGUCUUCAAAAUCACAAAGAACAACCUUGAAAAGCUCCUAAUCCAAAUAAGAAAUAUCUGAGAAGUAAGAUUCGAAAGCUGAAACAUACUUACCAAAAAUUUUGACCUAUCAACAACUCGAACUGCUGCAAAAUUUACAAUCCAAAGCUUACUCUUCCUCCGCUGAAACGACAUUUCAAGGUCCAAAACCCACCCCAGAAAAUUUGAAUCAAUCUUCGCCACAAUUUCUAGAUCUUCCUUAAACAACUCCUUACAAUUCCUCACAAUUGAGGAUGGUGACCACAACGACAACUCUUCUGCAAUAAUGGCCCAAAUCUACCACCUCCCACACCUCAACAUCUGCAUUUCUCCUACUGGUAGUCAAAAUUCUGACUGUGAGGUCCAAUAGAGU